AUUAUCAUCAACAAAAUGCAUUCAUUUAUAGUUUCAAAAAGUAUAUUAUCAUUUACAAAUCUACUGAUGAAUAUAACUAUUUCAAAACGUAAAAUGCGAAUGCAAUCAUCAUCAUUAUCGACAUACAUUUUCAUCAUAUUUAUCAUCAUUAUUAAUAAUAAUAUUCUUUUCAAUCAUGCAUCAGAUUUAAUAGUCAACAACAGUAAUGAUAAUCAACAUUAUUGUCCAUAUCCAUCUGUUCCAUUAUAUGCCGAUGUACAAUUAAGUUCAGAAUUUAUUGUAAAUGGUACGAAAGCAUUCUAUAAAUGUAAUGAUGGUUAUGAAUUAUUUGGUACAACAAUUAUACGUACUUGUAUCGAUCGGAAAUGGUCCGGUACAUUACCGUAUUGUGCGGUAAAUGUUGCAUAUGGAAAACCAACAAAUCAAUCAAGCACUGUAAAAGGUGGUGAUUCACGUAAUGCUAAUGAUGGUGAUCUUAGUGUUUUACAUGAAAAUAAAUUCUGUACUGAAACUAAAGUAGAAAAUUCACCUUGGUGGCAAGUUGAUCUUUUGCAACCAUAUGAAAUUCGUGUCAUACGUAUACUGACAAGAAGUUGUUGUGGACAACAACCAUUACAUGAUUUAGAAAUUCGUGUUGGUAAUAGUUCAACAGUACAAGGUAAUCGACUUUGUGCAUGGUUUCCCGGUACAUUGAAUGAUGGUGAAAAUAAAGAUUUUACCUGUGCAAAUGCAAUUAUUGGCCGUUAUGUUUAUAUUCAAAUGGUUGGAAUUGAAAGUUCAUUAUCAUUAUGUGAAGUUUUUGUUUUUACAACAAAAGAAUUUUCAUCAAAUCGUUGUGGUGAUGCAAUGGAAUAUCAACAGAUAACAAGUUUUAAUCAAACUUGUUAUGAAUUUCAAACACAACGUGGUGGAUCAUUUGUUGAUGCUGAUAUGUAUUGUAAAUCACGUGGUGGACUUUUAAUUCAUUCAAUCACUGAUAUGACACAGAAUUUUCUUUUUUAUGAACUUGAACGUUAUAAGAUAAAAUUACGUUCGAAAUUAGUAUGGGUUGGUGCACGUAGAGAUCAUUAUGCACAAAAUAUUACAUCAUUAUUUGGUACACGGCCAAGAUUAUUUUGGCAUUGGAUUAAUGGACAAUCGAUUAAUAAAUUUCUUUGGGCUGAAGAUCAACCAAACAAUUAUAAUGGACAACAAAAUUGUAUUGUACUUGAUGGGGGAAGAAAAUGGCUUUGGAAUGAUGUUACUUGUGACCUUGAUUAUUUACCUUGGAUUUGUCAAUAUUCACCAUCAAAUUGUGGUAAUCCUGAUAUCAAUGAAAAUUCAACAAUCAUUAAAAAUGAUUUUCGUAUUGGAAAUAUUAUUACAUAUCAAUGUGCACAAGGUUGUCGUCUGGAUGGAUUACAGAAACGUUUCUGUCAAAGUAAUGGAUUUUGGCAAGGUGAUGCUCCAACUUGUGUUUAUGUUGAUUGUGGUCCAUUACAAACAAUUUCAAAAGGUCAUGUUAAUUAUUUACGUACAGAUUUUAAUGCAUCUGCUACUUAUUCUUGUAUACGUGAUUAUGCAUUAGUUGGAACGGAAACAAGAUAUUGUUUAGGAAAUGGUUCUUGGAGUGAUCAAGAACCAAAAUGUAUGUAUAGUUUAUGUACACAACCAUCUGAAAUUGAUAAUGGCUUGGUACAUGUAACAAAUCGUACAAUAAACGGUAUUGCUACAUAUUCAUGUCAUUCGGGUUUUGUACUUUUUGGUCAAUCACAAUUAUCAUGUCAAAUUGGUGGUAGUUGGUCAAAUAAUGUUCCUCAAUGUAAAUUUAUCGAUUGUCGUUUACCAUUAGAAGUGAAUAAUGGUUAUUAUAAAUUGCUAAAUAAAACAACAUAUUAUGGUAGUAACAUUAUCUAUGAAUGUGAUCGAAAUUAUUUACUUGUCGGUAAUCGAACCAGAACUUGUACCGAAUUAGGUUUAUGGAGUGGUUUAGAACCAUCAUGUGAAAUGGUAAAUUGUGGUAUGCCGAAAAAAUUAUCGGGUAUAAAAUUUACCGGAACCAAAUUUACAGUUGAUUCGGAAUUAAUUUUUGAAUGUGAAUCUGGUUAUCAACUUGUUGAAGGAAAUCCUAAACGAAAAUGUUUAGAAAAUGGACAUUGGAGUGGUGAUGAUAUUGUUUGUAAAUAUGUUGAAUGUGGUCGUGUACAGCCAAUAUGGAAAGGAGAAAUUAUUUACGUAAAUUUAACCACGCAUUUAGGAAGUAUUAUAAAUUAUUCAUGCGGUACUGGAUAUAGAUUAGUUGGCGAUCAAGCAAGAGUUUGUCAAGAAAAUGGAAAAUGGUCAGGCAAUAAAGCUAAAUGUGAAGAAAUACGAUGUUCACCACCUGAAAUACCAAAAAAUUCAUCAGUAGUUUAUAAUGGUAAUGAUCGUUCAUAUAGUGAUUCAUUUAAAGUUGGUUCAACCGUACAAUAUCGUUGUUCACUUGGUCAUAUUGUACAAGGACAAUCAUUACGUACUUGUGAAACAACUGGAUUAUGGAAUGAUGCACCACCUAUUUGUGUUUAUAUUGAUUGUGGAUUACCAUUUCCACUUUCAAAUGGAAAAUGGUUACUCACUGUCAAUACAACUUAUUAUGGUAGUACUGUUGAAUAUGAAUGUAAUUCAAAUUUUAAACUAAAUGGACCAAGACGACGAAUCUGUUUGGAAAAUGGUACAUGGAGUAGUGUGCCGCCUGUUUGUGAACUUGUCACCUGUAAAGCACCUGAAACAAAAGAUGAAAAAACAAUGAUACAGGUAUCAAAUCAUCAAGUAGGCAGUAAAGCUAUUUAUUCAUGUAUAAAUGGUCUUGAAUUGAUUGGUAAUAAUGAACGAACAUGUCAAACAAAUGGACAAUGGAGUGGACAGAUUCCUUAUUGUCGAUAUGUUGAUUGUGGCAGACCACCGGUUAUUCCAAACGGUAGAGGAUAUCUUGUAAAUGGAACAACAUUUUAUGGCAGUAUUGUUGAAUAUCAUUGUUUGCCUGAUUUUAAAAUGAUCAGUGAUUCACAGCAUAGAUUUUGUCAGGCAAAUGGAGAAUGGAGUGGCAUCAUUCCAAGAUGUUUAGAAACACAAGAUGCAAAUGAAAUUGAAGAUAGUUUACGAGCAAAUAAUAUUGAUGGUGAAUCCGAUUAUGAAAGUGUUGAAUCAUCCAAAUCGAUUGGGAUUGGCGUUUCGUUUGGCAUAGGCACCAUUCUUAUUUUGAUGAUUAUCAUUGGAUUUUUAUUUGUCAAAAUAAAGAAACAAAAACCAAUCAAAAGUGGUGAAAAUAUUGAAGUAAAUCAUCAUCACUUGCAUCAUGCUGCUACAAUAAAUAAAGAUAAUAUUUCACAACCAAUGACCUAUUCAAGGAUUUGUUUAGAUUCAGAUAUGGCUGUUAUGAAUGCAACGAAUAAUUUUCGUACAAACAAUUCAAAUCUGGUCACUUUUUCAGCACCAAACAAUGGUAAUGGUAGUAGUGGUGGUGGUGGAUCAUUAAUGAUGAAAACACAGCCAUUAUAUGCAAAUCUACCUAUGACACAAAAUGAUGCCAACAUUAUUCAUGUACCAGUUAGUCAAAAUAUAGUGGUCAAUCGACCAUUACCAGCAAUAAUUCAAAAAGGUCAACAUCACAAUCAUCAUCCAACAUCACCAUUGCCACCGUUGCCACCAUCACAGCAACAACAACAUUAUAAUAACAUUAAUAAUAAUACAACUAAAAAUCUGUGAUCUACAUACACACACACAACAACAAUUUAGCUCAAUCCUUUUGUAAAUUUUGAUUUUAUUAACUUAAAACUGUAUUUAGAUUUUAAAAAACUUCUGUAAAUUAUUUCAUUUUCUCUUUUUCUUGUUACCAAAUACACACCUCAACAUAUCAAUCGAAACGAAUAAAAAAAUUUUA